AUGAGUUGCAGGUCCAAACAGACUAUGAUGUACACCAAGGGGAGAAACUCCAGUAGUAGCUGUGGUGGAAUAAGGGUAGUUUCAGGAAUCUCUGGGAGAGGUGCCUCCUCUGUUGUAAGUAGUGUUGGAGGUGGUGUGUCUGGGAGGACCUUUUCCAGUGGCGCUUCCUAUGGAGGGGCAACUGAUGGUGGCUUUGGAGGAAAUAUGUUAGGGAGCUACAUGUAUGGUUCUGGGAGCAGUUUCCGCUUUGGGCAAAUUGGCGGUGGCUUUGGCAUUUGCAAUGAAACCCCUUUGAUUUCCUGUGAUGAGAAGAUGACCAUGCAGAAUCUCAAUGACCGCCUGGCCUCUUACUUGGAGAAAGUGCGACACCUUGAGGAAGAGAAUGCUGAGCUGGAGAGCAGAAUUAGACUGUGGUAUGACCGACAAGGCCCACCAUCCGAGCUAAAGGAUUAUAGCUCUUAUUAUCAACAAAUCGAAGAAUUAAAGAAUCAGAUUGUUUUAGCCUCUGUGGAUAAUAGUAAGCUUAUCCUGGAUAUUGAUAAUAACCGCAUGACUGCUGAUGACUUCAGGCUGAAGUAUGAAACUGAAUUGGCUCUUUGCCAAAAUGUGGAAGCUGAUAUCAAUGGAUUGCGCCAGGUCCUAGAUCAACUGACUCUUUGUAGAUCUGAUUUGGAGGCACAACUUGAAUCCCUCCGGGAAGAGCUAUGCUGUCUCAAGAAGAACCAUGAAGAGGAAAUUAAGAGUCUGAAGAGUCAGACUAGUGGUGAUGUGAGUGUGGAAGUUAAUUCUUCCCCAGGUCCAGAUCUGAAGAAGGUUCUGGAAGAAAUGAGAUAUCAGUAUGAAACCAUGAUUGAGAACAACCGCAAAGAAGUUGAGCAGUGGUAUGAACACAAGAUGGAAGAAGUGAAUCAGGAGGUCAACAUCAGUAGCAAAGAAGUUGAGGAUUGCAACAAUCAAGUUGUUGACCUGAAACGUCAACUGCAAACCUUGGAAAUAGAUUUGCAGGCUCAGCUUUGCUUGAGGGAAUCACUGCAAGACUCUUUGGGCGAAACUGAAUGUCGCUACAAUACCCACCUGGCUGAAAUACAAAACCAGAUCUCUUGUGUGGAGCAGCAACUGGCAGAAUUGAGGGCAGAGAUGGAGUGCCAGAAUCGAGAGUACAGAGAACUUCUAGAUGUCAAGUGUCGCUUGGAACAGGAGAUCCAGACCUACCGCUCCCUGUUAGAAGAAGGGCAGCAAGACAUUAGUAGUCCCAGCAGUAGCCCUUCUGGAGGGGGACAUUCCAAACACUCAGGAGGAGUGAGACUCCUCUCUCAUUCUUACAGUACCUCUAGUUCAAGCCAGGUCUCCCCAUCAGACUUGAAAGGAUACAGCAGAUGAAUGAACAAUAAGAUC